AUGGCAUCAUCAGCCGCUCUGUCCAAGGCCAACACCAGCUUCUGUCUGGAUCUGUUGAAGAAGCUGAGUGACAACGACAAGGCAGCAAAUGUCUUUUACUCUCCAUUUAGCAUCUCCUCAGCCCUGGCUAUGGUGAUGCUGGGGGCCAGAGGCAACACACACACACAGAUGUCAGAGAGUCUAAAGACAAAGAACUGUCUGGAUGACGUCCACGCUGACUUCAGUAAACUACUGAAGACACUCAACAAGGCAGGCGCUCCGUACUCCCUCAGUGUUGCAAACAGACUGUACGGGGAGCAGUCCUACCAGUUUGUAGAGGAUUUCAUAGGAGAAACCAGGAAGCACUACAAUGCAGAGUUGGAGUCUGUGGACUUCAAAACCGGCUCUGAAGCAGCAAGGCUCAAAAUCAACAGCUGGGUGGAGGAGCAGACACAAGAUAAAAUUAAGGAUUUGCUGCUGAAGGGUACAUUGCACGACAUGACCCGUAUGGUGCUGGUCAAUGCCAUCUACUUCAAAGGGGACUGGAACGAGCAGUUUAAGGAGAGUACCACGAGAGAUGCUCAGUUCAGACUCAACAAGAAUGAGUCCAAACAAGUGAAGAUGAUGUAUCAGAAUACUACUUUACCCUUGGGCCUCAUCGCUGAACCCAACUGCCAGGUCCUGGAGAUGCCUUACAAAGAGAAGGAGCUCAGCAUGCUCAUCUUUCUCCCCAUGGAUAUAGACGAUAGUUCAACUGGUCUGGAGAAGCUGGAGAAGGAGCUGACCUAUGACAACUUUGUGGAGUGGACUCAUUCAGACAGGUUGUCUCGCUCUAAAGUUGAGGUGGGCCUGCCGCGGUUCAAAAUGGAGGAGAGUUAUGACAUGGGGGGUGUCUUGCUCAGCAUGGGCAUGGUGGAUGCCUUUGAUUCGGGCAUUUGUGACUUCUCAGGCAUGUCCCCUUCCAAUGACCUGGUGCUGUCCAAAGUCAUCCAUAAGGCUUUUGUUGAGGUCAAUGAGGAGGGAACCGAGGCUGCUGCUGCCACUGCUAUAACAGUGGGGAUCACUUCUGUAAGCCCUAGAGCCAGAUUCAUUGCAGACCAUCCCUUCCUCUUCUUUAUCAGACAUAACCACACCAAGAGCGUUCUGUUUGCCGGCCGCUACUGCUCCCCUCAGUGA